AUGGUCGGAACAAGAACAAAGAAGGAGCUGCUUGAAUCAUCAAUGCAGAAUUUAUCUAGUUUUAUUGCAGAGGCAGUACAGAGAGAGGAAUCAACAAAUACCUCUCUUAUUCAAAACAUGGUUCAACCAACAACAAGAACGUCAUCUUUGCCAACAUCACCACUCUCUACAACAUCAAACAAUAAUCAACUUGCAUCAAAUUCUACAAUACCAUCGUCAUCAUCAUCAGCACAUGUUUCCUUCAAUACUCCGGAUACCAUAGAAAAUAUUUGCAAAAACCAAUCAUCUUCCAAUAGGUUCAAUAAUAAUAAUUUGAUUAUUAAUACAUCCAUGAUGGCGAUGAUGAAUAACGAAUAUAAUAACCAACCAUCAACAUCCACUCCAACAAGUCUUAAAGUAAGAACUAUUUCACCUCUCCACGAUUCUCCACCUCCUUCAUCCUCUAAUUUUAGCAAUAAUAAUAAUAUGGAAAUGAUAACAGCAAGUAGUAGAGGGUCGUACUCUAGAAGACAAUCACCUUAUGAUCCAUUUGCUCAACAAUUAUCUCUCUCACAAUAUACCUUACAAUCAUCAAAGAGUGUAAAUACAAGCGUUAAUAAUAAUAAUAAUAAUAUGAAUAACAACAACAACAAUUCAAUAAGGGAUGAGAAUGAACAUCAUCACCAUCAUCACCACCAUCAUGAUCCAUCGAAAUGGGAACGAAAACUGUUAGAAAUUACCAGAGUAGCGUUCGUAUCCAUGCUAGGCUCCAAGAAUAAGAGAUUAAGCGAAUGGACCUUGAUGAAUCAAAUUUCGGAAUCCUUAACAGACAUUACAUCGAGUCAAUUUUGCAUCAUUUUGAAAGCAGUUAAUCCUCCUUCCCAACAACAAGAAUCAAAUUACAAUACUAAUUCACCAACUCAUUCUCCUUCACCAACCACUAACAAUCCACCAGAUGUCAGUAAUGAUGUGCAUUUACAAGUUAUUGGAAUUUAUGGUAUUGAAACAGAGGCUGCCAAAUUGUUUGUAGCUCCAUAUAGACACAAGGUUCCAACAAGUGGACCUCAUUCAAUAUUUGCCCAUUGUUACAAUAGACAACAAAUUAUUAUUAAUAAUUUGAGUUCUACAACUAAUUUACCACCAGGACAUCUUCCAAUUUCCAACUCGAUAUGUGUUCCAAUAUGUUAUGGAAAGGAAUGUAUCGGUGUAGUUUUACUAUCUAAUAGAUUUUCAGGAUACAGAGAGGAUAUGGAAAAAUCACUGGUCGCUUGGGCCCAAUCCCUUGGUCAAAUGUUGAAAAUGUAUGCUGUACUCUUUGAGAAUGAAACUGGCCAAUCAUUCUUUGACACAUCUAAUAUCAACAUGCCCCCUGUGACUGUAAAUCCAUAUGGAAGCAAAUUCAGGAGAGAGUAUGGAGAUUCACCAAUUUCUUGCAUGCCUGGAAGACUUCCUCAUCCUUUCGAUUUCAAUGCAAACCACAUAAGAAGAGCAUCCAUUUCAAAUAUUCAAAUCUCAAAACCUGCAGCUUAUUUAGGAAAAUUAGGAAAGUCUAAAAGCAGUGGGAAUGUCUUUACUGUAAAUGAUAGAGUUAGUAGAAAUAGUUCAUUUAGCAGUGUUUGUAAUGACAAUGAUUCCGAAAGUGGUGAAUGUAAAAAAUCAUUACGUAUUGAUGUUAGUAAUGAUGUUGAUGGAAUGGAUCAAGACGAAAGAAGAGUCCCAAAUAGAAAUUUUUCCGCUAGUCCUUGUAGUAGUGUUAGUAGCGUUUCAGAUAGUCAUGGUGAAGAGUAUCAAGAUCCAAUUUCGCUAUUUGAAGAAAUUGAAAAUGAAAUGCUAAAGUCGGCAGAGUUAUCUCUGGCUCUAUUUAAGGCAGUUCAAGACAGUAUUUUAAUUCUCGAUCAAAAUCUCAAUAUUACUACUAUGAAUCCAAGUGCAAAAAAAUUCUUUGGUGUUUCUACUAAUCAAUCUCCGAAUACUAGUAUUCCCUAUAUGGGUAAUGGAUCUCAGAUCAUUUCAGUCAGAGAUUUGAUUCCAGACAAUUCUACUCAACAUUUGAAUUGGUCUGAAGUUUGUAAACCUAAUGGAGUUAGUUGGUAUAGAGGUAAGGCUCUGGCCAAAUGUAGAAAUAAUAACAACUUUGACAAUAACAGGACAGCAUCCGGUUUACUCAUGGCCUCACACUCACCAUCGACAACAGUAACAAACUAUGUGGAACUUCUUUCAAAUACACCCCUCUCACCAAAUACAUCUGCAGGAACAAUUUCUCCUACAGGAGUAGAGGAUCAUUCUAUGAAUAGGAAACAAGAUUCCAGUCAAGAUUUUAGUAGACUUGUACCAAUUGCAAUUUCUGUAACAAGUUUCUUUUUCAAGGAGGAGAUUUACUUUUCUGUGACUGUAACUGAUGAAUCAUCAAAGGAAGACAUGAAAGACAAGAUGAAGUUUAUCGCCUUCUUGAGCCACGAGUUGAGAAAUCCAAUUCAAGUGAUUGUUUCAGGAGUUCAAUGCCUAGUUGACAUUUUCAAAGAUAACGAAGAUUCGGAUGAUAUGGAUAAUGGAAAAUCAAUUAUUAAGAGUAUUUCAUCAUCUUCAGAUUUCAUUUCACACAUUAUCAAUGACAUGAUUGAUUUAACAAAGUUGGAAUCUGGUCACAUGAAAGUAAUUGAGUCAUCAUUUAAUAUUAGAGAGAAGGUAGAGCAAAUAGUGGAAAUGUUGAAAAUUUAUCAAGUAGACAAGAAUAUUGACAUCUCUUACCAAAUAGAUGACGCUGUUCCUCAAAAUUUGUACUCUGAUGCUACAAAACUUCAACAAAUCAUUCUAAACAUAAUGUCAAACUCAUGUAAAUAUACCAAGAGUGGAAGUGUUCGACUUGUAUGCUCUUAUGAAAACUUAACAGAAGAUAACAAACCAAAAAAGAAUAUCAUUUUCAAGAUUCAAGAUACAGGUGUAGGAAUUGAGAAGGAAGAAAUCCCAAAGAUUUUCAGAAUUUACAGAAGACUGCACAGAAAGCAGCAUGAAGUUUCUGGAAGUGGCAUAGGUCUUGCAUUGUCUAAGCUUUUAUCAAGAGCAACAGUUGCAAGAAGUGAAGAAACCUUCCCAAGAAAUACCAAUAGAGGAAUUAUUAAAAGAUAA